CAACAGUUUUCAAACUGUAAUCACUGGUUCACUAUAACCACUUUCAUGUUUUGUAUUUCGCAGAAGAGGCUUCAGAAGGAGCUUCAGGCGUUACUGAAAGAUCCACCGGUUGGUGUUAGAGUUGACUCCGACAGACUUUCAAGUAACUUUUCUGAGUGGAUUAUUGAUUUAGAAGGUGCACCUGGCACCCUGUAUGAAGGCGAAAAAUUUCAGUUACAGUUCAAAUUCGGAUCAAGAUAUCCUUUUGAUUCUCCUCAAGUCACAUUUCUUGCUCCCAACAUCCCAAUUCAUCCUCAUGUGUACAGCAAUGGUCAUAUAUGUCUUUCAAUUUUAACUGACGACUGGUCACCAGCCCUGUCUGUUGUGUCCGUGUGUUUGUCUGUGGUUAGCAUGCUGUCCAGCUGUAAAGACAAGAAGCGUCCUCCUGAUAAUGCUAUUUAUGUGAAAACCUGCAGCAAAAACCCAAAGAAAACAAGAUGGUGGUAUCAUGAUGAUAGUGUAUGACAGUGGAGAAGGCCGAUAGGUAUAGAUAAUAUAUUACAUUACCAGCACUCUAUCAAAAUGGAACAACACACAUGGAGAGUGCGUCACCAUGUGCACCUGCACACAAGUUGCACUUUUUCAGCUUGGAUGUCAGCAGAGCUCUAGAGCCAAACUUGAUGACAAUUUCUGCAAACACUAAAAUGUAGUUUGUAUAUAUAUAUAUAUGUAUGUACUGACAUGAAUGAAUAUAUGAUGAGUUCUUGAGGAAAUAGUAUGGGUCAGGUACAUCUUUGUUGUUGCACAGCAUAGAUAUACAUACAGGUUUUUAUACCUUGGUUGAAAUAUGAACAUUUGUUUUUAAUUCCUGAUAUAAUAUACUGUAUUAUAGUAUAGAUAAUAUACUUGGUUUGCAAACUGUACCUUAUGUAUUAUUUCAUGUAAACAAGACAUGAAAAUAACAAUAGAUAAUUAUUUAAAGGAAAGUAUUGCCUAAACUAUUAGGCCCUAACAAAGUGUAUAUAAAUAGGAAUUCACUUUAUCUACAGGAAGGGUAUUUUAUGGUUUUGUUUUUUUGUGUUCUUCUUUUCACUAAUUUAGUUAUGAGGUAUUUGUUGUUUCUUAAUGUAGAGAACUUUGCCAUUGAUACAAUGUAUUAAUAGUAGUUUGCAGGUCUCUCAGUUUAUGUUAGUGAAAUAGUAGUCACUUGUCACAGGCUUUAUGGUCAUAAACUUGAUACCAACUGUUAUCAAGUUCAUUAUUCUAUUUUAUAUUACUGCAGCAAUUUUGUAACUUCUAAAAAAAAAAAAAAAAACAAAAAAUACAAAAAAAAAUAAAAAAUUGUUCAUUCCAUGUGUAUAGGAACUACAUGUAUGUAAACCAUUGCAAACUAUUGAAAUAUCCUUUUAUUUUGUUCACUUUCAGAGAUAAUUCUUAAAGUUAUAAAUUAAAAUAUCAUUUUAGAACAAAUUUAUAAGUACACUGUUACAAUACUGAAAUUAGAAAUUCUCUGUAAAACCUACAUGUGUAUGUCAUCGUUUUGUACAUUUGCCAAAAUACGAUAUUAUAUUUAGUACUAACAAUGUCAUUGGCUAAGUAAGUGCUAAAAAUAAUAUGGUACAAUACAGAAAAGAGUGAAAACUAAUUUUGCUGUUACAACUCAUAAGUGUGACUCUGCUGUGGUGUUAAACUAACAUAUUACACAUACAACUGCAAAUAGUAUCACACACCACCUAUAACACUAAGACCCAAUGCCAAAAUUUAGGAGAUAGAGUUGAGCUAAAACUAACUUUUUCAGAUUAAUUUGAUUUACCUUGGGAAGGUGGAGGAAAUUUUUUUUAGUACUGGGUAACCAUGAAUGAAAUUACUUGUAUUUUAUCUUGACAGAGAAGAUUAAUAUGUGUACGUAUAGCUGAAGAUUUUAUGUCCGUAAAAUGUGAUUGUUGCUGAUCAUUAGCAUGUGGUCAGUAUCUGUACUUGCCUUCAGUAUCAAAGGCAUCACAUGUUACAUUGCCAGUGGAAUGAUAGACAUUAUUUGUUGGUUGCUGAUUGUUGAAACUUAAAUACUCAUGGACAGAACGUUGCUUUCAACCCUUGCAAUUAAGAAAAUGUCCAUGGCAUAAAAACAUGCCUCUGAAGAAAACCCUGAAUAUAGUCUAAGGAUAAAAAGUGCUGUGGAGAAUUAAAAACUCCACAGCAAUCUCCAUGGCAUUGCUGAUUGCUGUGGGCAAUUGCAGGGGUUGUCUUUUCAUCAUAUAUUAUAGUCUCAAACCAGCUGCAAAGUUAGUCAGUGGUUGAAAUUGGACAAGAAUGAUGACGCACCAUAAUUGUGUCAGUUAUCUUAUGAAUUUAAUGAAGAACUAAUAAAUAAUUUCUUGAAAACCAAUUUUACUUUUUCUUUUUGCAAUGUUUGCACUGGAACCUUUUUCUGUGAGUAUGUAUAAAUGUUGCUUAUUGCUUUAAGGAUGAGAAAUGCAAUAAUUAUUGUUAUAAAAUUGAAUUUAUCCCUCAAAAUGCGUAAUUCCAGCUUCCACUUAUGUUGUAUAUAAUUUUAUGAGAAGAUCGGAAAGAUUCUUAAUUUGAUGUUUGCCUCUUAAAAUAAUGCACAAUUCAGGUCAGUACUAUAAUGAUUAGCAUUAAUAGUUAUAUGUGUACAUAUUGUAUUCACUGAGGCAUGUAACUUGAAAUUAUACUAGUCAGAGCAGUUUUGUGUUAACCGCAACAUUGUAGUGUGUAAAUUGUACUUCAGAAAUUGUAUUUGAUAAAUCAUUUUACUGAUUAUUAUUAUUAUUACUAUUACUAUUAUUAUAUUACAAUUACUACUGCUAUCACUACUACUUCUACUAUUAUGAUCAUCACUCUUUUUCUUUUGUCUUGCUAUUAUGAAGUGAAAAGGUAUAGGUUACCAAUGAAACUUAGUUUAUCGUUACAUCUACGAAUGUUCGUCCCAAUGUAUUUUUUUUUUAAUUUGAAAUUACAUUAAAAAAAUUUUUUAUUAUUUAUUUUUAAAAUUUAUUUUAUUAUUAUUAUUAUUAUUAUUAUUAUUAUUAUUAUUAUUACUUUUUUUAAAGCAUCCAUUGAGAUGAACAUAGUGGAUGCAGUGGUUAACAAUACCAAAUAAGUUUAUAUGGUAGGUGAUAGAUUUAAUUCCAUGGAUUUUGUGUUUAAAAUUAUUACCGGUAUUACAUAUAUUUAUGUGUCUUUUUAAUAUUAGCCCACUUUUUAUACUCCAUAGCUUGUUAUAAAUUACCAAAAUAAAUACUAGAAAAUACUUCAGACUUGGAAUUAUAAUUUUAAGACCUUGGACCUUUUUCAAAUAUAAAAUCAUUGCUACUGCUAGGCAAAUGUAGAAAUGAGAUUCAAUACACAAGAUUAACUGUAGCAUGAAAAGUGGGAAGAAAUAUUUGUGUGUGUCCUACAUACAUGUACUGCUUGUGCGGUUCCAUCAGCAUUAUUUGACUUUUCAUUAUCAGGAAGUAUAUAUAUGUUUCAAGCACAAGGCUACUUGACACAGUGGUACUAGAUGAAAUAAAAUUUCAUAAAUGUUUUUGCCCAUUUUUUUUGUACAACCAGCCAACACAUUCACAUUUAUCACCAAUCUCAGGACUUGUGAUGUUCACUUCUCUAUCAAAAGUUGGGUGCACCUCGAACUUUGACCCAGCUGGAAGUUAUUUGGUUUAGUACUACCUAUACAAGGUCAGUUAAGAACUGUGAAAUAUGAAGGCUGUAUAUACCUUGGUUGUGAUUGUUUUAGUAUAUAAAAAUGUAGGGGUUUUUUUUCUCUAGAAACAGUACGUUAUAUCAUAACAAUAAAAACAUAUUUGUAUGAGAUGCCUAAUAUAUCUGUGACUACUACUUAAUGAGACAGGUGAUGUUUGAACUAAAAUUUGAUUGAAUGUUUUAACUUAGCAAGCUAAUAUAAUAUAUGACCCCUCCCCCCCCCCCCCCCCCCUCAACUUUUUCUUUUAAAUAAACCUCGGUAUGGGAAACUUGUUGUUUAAUACCCAAACACCAGUAGCAAAGCUUAACCACUGUGAAAGGUAUAACACUGUAUAAUAUCUAUUAUGUUUCAACUUGAAUUGAUGUGAUAUUUAUGUUAUGUUAAAUAUACAUGGCUGUUACAUUUGUUUAAAGAUUUGUUAAACUUGAUGCCAGAAUAGGAAUAUAUGUAUUCCUGAGAUAGAUUCUGUGUAGGAUAUCAAACCUGUGUUAUCCAUCCAUCUAAAAUAGUAUUAACAAGUGGCCCCUGCUUAACACAAGCCAGUGCACCCUGCUUAACACAAGCCAGUGCACAUCAUGUUCGAAUAUUUGACAAAAUAGUAAGAUGGCUUCUUAAGACGAUGUGCAAUGUAGCUCAGUGGUAGAGUGCUCACUGAGGUGUAAUGGAGCGUAGGAUCCAUUCCCCUUGGUGUACUUUUAUGAUUUUCCUGUUGUAACACAUGCCUCACAACUAGUACAUCAGAGACUGUUAUGGUCCUGUGUGUUGGGAAGAAAAUAUAAAAGAUUCCUUGUUGCCUGUUGGUAAGAGUAGCCUAUGUGGUCGCAGCAGAUUUCCUCUCUCUUGACCAAGUGUUGAAGUAACUAUUUCAUAAGACAUCAAAUUCAGGGCUCGAUAUUGUAGCAUGCAAAAAGGGAAAAACUGUUCAUUUUGUUUUAGGAACCUAGCAGGUGAAUUAGAACUUCAAACUACCAAAACUUUUAAAGAGAGAUGUAUGAACAUGGAUGGUUAUCUCAUCUGGUAUUUACAUUUGUAGCUCAUGAGUCUGUUACAUUUUAAUUCCAUAAUGCCUGAAAAUACAUCUCAGAGGUCCUAAUAUUCCACACACUUCACCAAACCCACACACGUAUUUUGAGCUCUGAUAUGUCCAUGGUUUAAAAUGUGCUGAGGUGCCAUUGAGGAGAUACUCCUUUUCUUUUCUUCCUUACAACAAUGUGACUGUGUGGGCUGAUCAGGCUGUAUAUUACAGUUGUGCCAAUGCAUGUACUUCUGUUAUUACGGGAUAAUUUCCUCACCACAAAGAACGGGAGGAAGGUCAUUAUUUUCAUGCCUUUUAUAAAGUUUGUAAUAGUACACUUAUUGAAGGUAGUUUACUUGAGUCCUUGCAGGAUGUAUAUCUCUUUAAUUUCUGUGCAUUCAUUUUAUUAUUGUUAUAAACCAAUCUAUUGGUUUGAAAGUAAAUCAUUGCGUUCCAUUUUGGGGGUUUUUUUUAUGGGUUUUAUUUUUUUGUUUUUGUUUUUCUGCAUCCUGUUAAAUUUGUACAUUUGUAACUAAAACAGAUAUUAAUUUGGUAGUUUUAUAUGCUUUAUUUGCUUUGUAUAUAAACAGGCUUUUUUCCAUCUGAUUUGUUCCAUUCAUUGUGCUCUUUUUACUUGAUACUAAGUAAUUAUUAUGAUUAAUGUGAAUGGUUAUUACUGUAUGAACGAACAUAUGUCCCAUACUUGCCAGAAAGCUUUGUUUCUCUUGACCUCUAGAAUGCUAGCUGUUUUACUUUCAUUUACCUUAAAUACUAAUGUUGGUCACUGUUACAGUGACUUUUGUUUCAAAUUUAUUUGUGUAUUUCAAGUAGUAUCAUGGCUUAUUGAAAAUAUAACCUUAAAGGGACAUACCCUAGUUUUUAAAUGCUAAGGCAUAUUUUUUAUUACUAUAGCCAUUUUUGAUAACUGAAAUCAUAUUUUACUUAAAUUUUAUUGUUUAGAUUAUCCA